GGGAGCGGGAGCUCGGGGAGUUCGGGGAGCUGGGGCGACGUGCAUGUCGGGCUGAGCAGGGAGGCAAGGAUGCGGAUCAAGGCGAGGGCGAGGGACAGGCCGGCGCCUGUGUUUGGAUGGAAGUAUUGGAUGACGGCACAGUGGAAGACGAUCACGGCGCUGUUGGUUGUUAGGGCGGCGGUGUGGGGGCUCGCGCUGGUGAUGAUGCACUAUUGCGGGAUGUGGGCGAUGAUGAUACCCAGCGGUCGGAUAUCCUGGGACCUGCGCAUCGUGGUUCUGUCGUAUGUCGUUGCGUUCGCAGUGUGCCUCGUUGCGUGCACAACGAUGGAGCAUAUGGAGGUACACUUCGCUCGGCAGGUCGGGUUCAGUACCAUCGCUGCACUCGGGGUGUGCUCCAUGCACUACACAGGCAUGGCCGCAGCGACAUUCUACACCUACAAGCCUCCCGCUCCUCAAGGCGAGGCCGGCUACCCCGCGUACCUGCCCGUGACGAUCGUCGGGGUGGCCGUCUCCGUGUGCGUCGUCUCGAACCUCGUGCUCGCGCACAACGCGAUCAUCGCGCGGAACAAGAUGGCGGAGAUGAUCCUGACGAAGCGGCGGCUGUGGCGGAUCAUGGCGGAGAAGGAGGCGGCGGAACAGGCGAAUGAGCUGAAGCAGCAGUUUAUCAGCGUUGCGAGCCAUGAGAUUCGCACACCGUUGCACACCGUCAACGGGUAUUGUGAGCUGAUGGCGCGGACGCCGUUGACGGAGGAACAGGCCCUGUACGUGUCAAGUAUCCAGCAAGCCUGCCACGCCAUCAACGUCAUUGCCGGGAACGUCCUUGAUUUCAGCAAGCUUGAUCGCAACAACGCAGAGCUGUCGGCGAAGCCCGUUCUCAUGAAGCUGCGCAAGGUCGUCGAGGACGCCGCGCGAAUACAGCCGAACCAGCCCGGCGUAGAGGUCGUCGUGUCGGUUGCGGACGAUGUGCCAGACACGGUGUUUUUGGAUGAAACUUACAUCUUUCGGGUGCUUAUGAACCUCCUGUCCAACGCGCAGAAAUUCUGCGAAAAGGGCUACAUAUGCGUAGUUGUGCGACUGGGCAAGUCCGGCGACGUCGUCUUCCAAGUCCGCGACACGGGCGUCGGCAUCCCCGCAAGCUUCCGCGGCGCGCUCUUCCAGCCUUUCCGGCAGGCGGACCAAUCCAUGACGCGACAGAAACCGGGGACGGGGCUCGGUCUGAGUAUCGUCAAGCACCUGGUGUCCCGCAUGAGCGGAUCGGUCGAUGUGGAAUCCAUCGAAGGCGAGGGUAGUAAGUUCAGUGUCAGUCUGCCCAUCGCCAUUUCGGGUCAGGCUCAAGCACGAGGAAACACCGAGGAGCCGCUCUUGGAUAUCACGACGGAGCCGCCACAGAGGCCGAGCCGCAAGCGGAUACGCAUCGUGCACAGUGACAACCGUGCCGAGGGACUGUUUGUCGAACUUCUUGCGGACCACGGUUUUAUCCCUGUGUCUGGACUUACAGAGGGCUCCGUGCAGGAAGUGGUGCGGAAUGCGGACGCCGUGUGGGCAGAUGUUGAGAGCAUCGCCUCGUCUCCUGUCCUCCGUGCGCUUCUCUGCGCUCAAACAUCUCACCCUUUCCCCGUCUACAUCAUUCACAGCGACUCGCGCGAUCUCUCGGUUCUGGAGCCCGAGCUCAGUUCUGCGCGGAAUGCCGUGUUCCUCAAGCGGCCCCUGCUCCUGCAUGCGCUCAGGGAAGUCCUCGAGGCGCCUGAAGGUCGUAUGGGCGAGCACCUCCAGACGGAGGUGCCGAAAGUACGCUUUGCGAUCCCGGUCGACUCGGAUGCGGUCACGACGCUGCAGAAGGAGAAGUUCCGAGAGCGGUCUCUCACCGGGGAGGAUGCGCAGGAGGGCUUGGAGGUGAUUGAGAUGGAGCCGAAGAGGAAGGACGUCGUGUUGCUGGUCGAGGACAAUAUGGUCAACCAGCGGUUGGGAUGCAGGCUGCUAGAGAAGCUUGGAUACGACGUCGUCGCUGCUGACGACGGCCAGCAGGCUGUCGAUGCAGUCAAGCAGCAGUUCUUCCAUAGCUGUCUUAUGGAUUGCCAGAUGCCCGUUCUAGAUGGCUUCUCUGCAUGUCGGAGGAUUCGAACCAUGGAACGUGACGGCGCGAUAUCAGGGCAUUUACCCAUCAUCGCGCUCACGGCGAAUGUCACAAAUGAGAGUGAACAGCGAUGUCGAGAAGCAGGCAUGGACCAUUUCUUGCCAAAACCGCUCGUCAUGGCUGACCUCGACGCCGCACUCAAGACGCAUGGAAGGACAUCUCCGCACCGAUGACCUUUGCCAAUAGAGCGCUAAAAUGUGACCUCUUUGCAUCACCCUCUCCAUCUGUAUUACUGUUCAUCACAUCCUACUCAUCACACAUCUACAUAUCGUCCCUGCUGUCCACGAUUGUUUUGUCGCAGUUUUGUCGCAUUAAUUUACUUAAUUAUGUCAUCAGAACACAGCCUACCAUGUAUACACGGAUCCGCAUCUGUCUUCAUCAUCUACAUAGCAUACAUAUCACAUCUCCUGUAGCUCCUUGAUACUGCCAGCUGUUUGCUUGAAGUGCAAUACAGAUCACACAGGCCGAGUCGACAUGAGCGGCCGCUUUCUGUA